ACUGAAGCCCCUACCACAACGAACCCACCAACAACAACUAUGGCCCCAACUACAACAAGUGCUCCAACUACAACUGAAACCCCUACCACAACAAACACACCAACAACAACCAUGGCCCCAACUACAACAAGUGCUCCAACAACAACUGAAGCCCUUACCACAACAAGCCCACCAACAACAACAAUGGUCCCAACAACGACAAGUGUUCCAACAACAACUGAAACCCCUACCACAACAAGCCCACCAACAACAACUAUGGCCGCAACUACAACAAGUGUUCCAACCACAACUGAAACCCCUACCACAACAAACACACCAACAACAACUAUGGCCCCAACUACAACAAGUGCUCCAACAACAACUGAAGCCCCUACCACAACAAGCCCACCAACAACAACAAUGGUCCCAACAACAACAAGUGUUCCAACAACAACUGAAGCCCCUACCACAACAAGCCCACCAACAACAACUAUGGCCCCAACUAAAACAAGUGCUCCAACAACAACUGAAGCCCCUACCACAACAAAUCCACAAACAACAACUAUGGCCCCAACUACAACAAGUGCUCCAACAACAACUGAAGCCCCUACCACAACAAACCCACCAACAACAACUAUGGCCCCAACUACAACAACCCCAACAACAACAAGUGCUCCAACAACAACUGCAGCCCCUACCACAACAAGCCCACCAACAACAACUAUGGCCCCAACAACAACAAGUGCUCCAUCAACAACUGAAGCCCCUACAACAACAAACCCACCAACGACAACUAUGGCCCCAACGACAACAAGUGCUCCAACAACAACUGAAGCCCCUACCACAACAAACCCACCAACAACAACUAUGGCCCCAACUACAACAAGUGCUCCAACAACAACUGCAGCCCCUACCACAACAAACCCACCAACAACAACUAUGGCCCCAACUACAACAAGUGCUCCAACAACAACUGCAGCCCCUACCACAACAAGCCCACCAACAACAACUACGGCCCCAACUACAACAAGUGCUCCAACAACAACUGAAGCCCCUACCACAACAAGCCCACCAACAACAACUACGGCCCCAACAACAACAAGUGUUCCAACAACAACUGAAACCCCUACCACAACAAACCCACCAACGACAACUAUGGCCCCAACGACAACAAGUGCUCCAACAACAACUGAAGCCCCUACCACAACGAGCCCACCAACAACAACUAUGGCCCCAACUACAACAAGUGCUCCAACAACAACUGAAGCUCCUACCACA